AGCCAAACAUGGCUAUUUUAGUAUUUACGGUCGCUAGCUGCUCCUCCCUUCUCCACUUAGCGAAGGAAAAUAAUUAUUUUGGUUCCCUCCUUGCUGAAUGAAGACAUUGCGUUCACCCACAGCCGCGAAGUUGAAGGACUGACGAAGAUGAGAAGCGUAGGAGGAGUAUCGCUUGCCCUAGUAGUUGCUUGUUUGUUGCAGCUGGCAGGAUGCGCGGCUCCAGAGCGCCCCUACAAUGUUCUGUUCAUAGUUGUGGACGACCUGAGGCCGGAGCUCAACGUGACUUACGGCCACGAGUACAUGCACACGCCUAAUCUGGACGCCUUGGCUGCCCAGUCAAUGGUGUUCGACCGCGCCUAUUGCCAAGAGGCCGUGUGUGCACCGUCGCGCAAUUCAUUCAUGUCAGGCCGUCGACCUGACACGACCAAAGCCUGGAACUUCAUUGACCAUUUCCGAGAGCCGGGUGUCGGCGCAGACUGGGUCAGCUUGCCGCAGUAUUUCAAGAACCAUGGCUAUUACACGUGGGGCGGGGGGAAACUGUACCACCCGAACUUGCCCCCGAAAAACGACGAACCUCUGAGUUGGUCGCAGGAGAUACCAUACUUCCCAGUGACUGACGAGCCUUGUCCGAAGGGGACAAAGACUCCGUUUUGCUCUAUCGACGCACCGCUGGACUCCUUCUUUGAUCAUCGGCUCAGUGAGCACACCAUUGGACUGUUGGAAGCGGCCGCACUGAACUACACCGACAAGCCGUUCUUCAUCGGCGCCGGAUUUCGCCGGCCGCACGUGUCCUGGCGAGCACCGCCGCGCUUCUUCGACCUGUACAAUGCGUCCAUGAUUGCCACGGCAACACACCCGACGGCACCCAGUGGCAUGCCGGACAUUGCGUUCACCACCGAAGGCGCCGCGGACAUUCACCAUUGGCCGAGGGCGUACGGCCCGAAUGAUCCCGAGCCACACGACAGCCAGCAGCUGUUGAGACGGGGCUAUUAUGCGGCGGUGUCGUUCGUUGACGAGCAGAUUGGCGCAGUUUUAAAGGCACUGGACCAUUAUGGACUGAGCAAUAACACAAUCGUGUCUCUUAACGGUGACCAUGGAUGGCAGCUUGGCGAGCAUGGAGAGUGGGCUAAACACACGAACUUUGAACUGGCUGCGAGAGUGCCAAUGAUGGUGCGGGUUCCAUCCAAGCCACAAACCGCUGGGAAGAGAUCCAGUGCCAUUGUGGAGCUCAUAGACAUGUACCCGACACUUGCAGAACUGGCUGGCCUGCCGACCCCACCGGAUCUCAACGGAACGUCGUUUGCGCCCUACUUUGACAACCACACCAUGCCCUCGCUGAAGGAUGCCGCAUUCUUUCAGUUUCCUCGCUGUCCCAAGAACCUAUCACGGAUGUGGGAUGAAAACAUCUGCCUUUCGGUGCCACGUACAGAGUUCUAUUCGAUGGGUUACUCUGUGCGCACCACACAGUACCGCUACACCGAGUGGCUCAAGUGGAACGGAACGCGACUGCACGGAGAGUGGAGUGACGUCGUCGGCGUUGAGCUCUACGACCACGCCGGCGACACGGGAACGGAUUUCAAUGCCUUUGAGAAUGAGAAUCUGGCAGCUGAGCCCAGUAUGCAGGCGGUUGUCAAGGAGAUGCAUGUCCUGCUGGUGAAGAACUAUGGCGAGUAGUCGGACACAGCCAACUACUUUCAAGUAAUUAUUUGGGAAAUGUUAUUUAAACUUAUUUUGAAAUUGAAGAUAAUGUUAUGACAUUGUGUGAACUUUUCUCAUUCACUAGCACAUCUGAAGCUACUGCCCUGUCAGCGAUUGCUAACCGGCUGGUCAACAGUGAAGACUGGCCAGUUCAAUCCUCGCCACUGCCACUGCUCAGGUGUGAAGAGUGCUGGGAUGAACAUUUCUGCCGUGUCUGCAUGCGAGAAUUGCCAUGCAUGCUGGUAUAUUCAGCAAAAUGGCUGCUGACUGACAAUUUUGACCUUUUGAUAUGCUAUGCACCUCGUGUGUUUGAAUCUUGUUGGCGUUGCGGCCCUUGGAAGUCAAUACAUUCAAGUUCCUGUAUCUACUAUUCAUUUGUUAUCUACCUCCACUGAGGACCUCUCAAUGAGCGAAACAGCUGUCUGGAGGAUACGGAACAUCUACCCAAGAACGAA